GAAACUGAUAGAUACAAUGGAAGAUACAAUGUCUUCAAACUAUGUAUAAAAGGAGUGAUUUUUGUUAGCAAUUUACUUUCCAUUUUCAAUUAUUAUAAGUACACAGUUGAAAAUGGGAGUGAUGUUUAGAAUUCACCUCAUAACAUCAGUGGUUCUUGCCUUGAGCUAUGGCGUAACAAUUAACCAGUAUGAUUUAAAUGCUAGUGAACCUGACUCCUUCACCAAAUUGGAGCAUAAUGAAAUAUUACCUUUGAAAUAUCAAGAUAUUAGUAAAGAAUUCACUCAGAAUAGUUACUGUCCUAAACAUUCAAAACCUGCUGACUGUGCAGAAAUUUUUCAAAACGGUUACGAAACCAGUGGAGUGUACAAAAUUUAUCCCCAAAACAAAGUCGUAUCAUGUGAAACUAUUAGAGUGUAUUGCGAUAUGAAAACAGAUGGUGGAGGCUGGACAGUCAUUCAACGAAGAGGAAAUUUUAACAGACCAGCUGAUUAUUUUCAUAAAGAUUGGGCUGAAUACAAGAAUGGAUUUGGACAUUUGGAAAAGGAAUUUUGGCUAGGAAACGACUAUAUCUAUGCUUUGACUAACCAGAAAAGAAACUCUGUACGUUUCGAUCUUGGAACUGAAACUGAAACGGCUUACGCAACUUACGAAAAUUUUUCGAUCGAAAAUGAAGAACUCAAAUAUAGAUUAUCUAUAUCGGAGUACAGUGGAACUGCAGGUGAUUGUAUGGUAAAUCACCAUAAAAUGGCCUUUUCAACAAAAGACCGUAAAAACAAUUCUGGUACCACAGACUGUGCCAUGAUAAGAAAAGGUGGAUGGUGGUACUUUGAAUGCGCUAGAGCUAGUCUCAACGGUGUGCGUCUGACAGGAAAUUAUACCGAAGAAAUGGUUAAUACCAAUGGUACAUACUGGUUUACAUGGAAAGGCUAUACAGAAUCACUAUCCACUGUUGAGAUUAAAAUUCGUCCAUUUGUUUUUCCAUCUGAAUAAAAAUGCUCUCCAUAUAUAAUAAAACUUAGUAUGAGUGUUAUUAAAAUAUUGCCAGAUUUUAUAAUUGAAAAACAGACGUUAGAAGGAAUGUAACGGAAGUUUCUUUGUUCAUGUUUUCUACAAUAAAUUUUUCUUUUAUUUUAUAA